AUGCGUUUCGGUUCGGGCAGUUACGACGUGCGCAGAAGCGAAGGGCUCAAUCCGUCGCUGCUCACCAGCACCCGACACUCCAUCACCUGCACCGUCUCGUUUCUCGACGCCUCUGAGCGGCAAUUUCAAAUCGACAGGCACGCUCAUGGUUCUGUACUACUCGACAAGGUGUUCGCUCAUUUGGAACUGGUGGAACGUGACUUCUUUGGACUGCAGUUCUCUAUGUGCUGGGGACUAAGGAGACGCAAAAGCGAUGCAGAGCUGGGUGACUAUUCACCCGAAGACCACCCUGAAGGCUAUCUGAAUCAGUAUCGAUUCGCUCCAAGCCAAUCUAUCGAUUUCCCAAAAAGAGUUGCCGAACUUCAUGCGAUGCAUCGCGGACAAAGUCCUGCCGAGGCCGAGUUCAACUUUUUGGAACACGCCAAAAAGCUCGACAUGUAUGGAGUGGAUCUCUAUGCAGCCAGAGACGGAAAGAACUUACCGAUCGGUAUCGGAGUGAACUCGUACGGUAUGUUGGUAUUUCACGAAGGUACGAAAAUCAACGAGUUUGCAUGGGCAACGAUUAUGAAGAUCAGCUUCAAGAAGAAGAAUUUCUAUGUUCAUGUCAAGCUGGGCGAACCGAAUGCGCCCGAUACCGUACUCUCGUUCCAUGUGGUAUCAUCGCCGGCUUGCAAGCAGCUGUGGAAAGCCUGUAUUGAACAUCAUACGUUCUUUCGUCUGAUUGCUCCACCACUAGCGCCACCUCGUGGCUUGUUGUCGAUCGGAAGCAAGUACCGCUACUGGUAA